AUGUCUUUCAUCAACACCGACAGCGACAACAACAGCUUCGUAUCCCAUAUCAGUAUCCGCUCCAGACGGUCGCGAUCCAGACGGCGCAUUUAUCCGAGAAGCAAUGAUGACUACAUGAUGGGGCUUCCAGAUCCUGUCCCGGUACGGCAGAGAAAAGAGGCGAAGCAGCAGACGCCGCAGGAGGCGAUUGAUGAGUUUUGGGCCAAGUUUACGACCAAGGCGCCGGGCAAAGCGACGACUGUGAUACCGCAAAAUCCAUAUACUGCGAGAGUGGCUAGAAAGAACGCCAAAACCGCAUCCUCAUCCACCACAACCCAGGCUUCUUACGAGACGGCAGCGGCUAUGUGCCGAGCCAAAGUCGAGAAGAUUGUCCAAGAAUGCCGCCGCGUCAACAAAAAGUACCGGGACCCACACUUUGACCUCGAGGCCGAUCUGAAGCUGGUUCGCAGGGACUGCCUGGAGUCUCUCUCCAACUUUGAGCCUCUCGACAACCCGGGCAAGGAUUUUCGACCGGGAAGCGCCAAGCGUGUUGUGGAGAUAUUUGACAAGCCGCAGUUUUACAUUGAAGGCCCGACAGCUAAUGAUGUGAGACAAGGGAGGGAUGGAGACUGCUGGCUCAUGUCGGCGUUGUGUACGCUGAGCAACAAGAAGGGGUUGAUUGAGAGGCUGUGUGUGGCGCAUGAUCAAGAUGUGGGAGUUUAUGGUUUCGUUUUCUUCAGAGAUGGAGAGUGGAUUUCGGAGAUUGUGGAUGACUUUCUCUAUCUCACCAAAUCGGACUACGAUGAGAAGCACUGGGAACGGGUUCUCUUUGACGAGCUUGAGCGUUCUAAUCCGGAAGAAGCCUAUCGCAGAGUAUACCAGUCCAACAGCAGCGCUCUUUAUUUUGCGCAGUGCCAGCAUCCUCAGGAGACUUGGCUUCCGCUUCUUGAAAAGUGUUAUGCAAAAGCACAUGGAGAUUAUGCUGCUAUCGAGGGUGGGUAUGGAGGCGAAGGCAUCGAGGAUCUCACAGGCGGAGUUACGUCUGAGAUUUUUACCACCGAUAUUCUUGACAAGGAGUAUUUUUGGAAAGAGUUGAUGAAGGUGAACCAAGACUUUCUCUUUGGCUGCAGCACCGGGGUAUGGGGAGCGAACUGGGGGGAGAGAAAAGGCAUCCUCGAGCUUCAUUCCUACUCCAUUCAGAAAGCCGUGGACAUUAACGGUAAACGCCUGCUUCGACUGAAGAAUCCAUGGGGAAAAGGAGAAUGGAAAGGUCCUUGGAGUGACGGCUCCAAAGAAUGGACUGCCGAAUGGCUGGAGAAACUCGACCACCGAUUUGGUGACGAUGGUGAUUUUUGGAUUGCAUACGAAGACUUGCUCCAGAAAUAUCAGGCUUUUGAGAGAACUCGGCUGUUUGAUGAGAGCUGGCAAGUGUCUCAAAUUUGGACGACUGUGAACGUUCCUUGGAUGCUGGAUUAUCAUGACACUCAUUUCUCUUUGGCCAUUACCAAACCUGGCCCAGUCGUCAUUGUGCUAGCUCAGCUGGACGAUCGUUACUUCCGUGGUCUUCACGGACAAUACAGAUUUGAGCUAGCGUUUCGUGUCCACAAAGCCGGGCACGAAGAUUACCUUGUCCGCAGCCAAGCGCCAUAUCGCAUGAGGCGCUCGGUCAAUGUCGAGUUGGAUUUGGAGGCGGGUGAAUACGACGUGCGAGUCAAGAUUGAUGCAGUCCGCCUUGACAACAUUUUGCCUAUUGAGACCGUCAUCCGAAAGAACGCCAAGAAACGGCGCGAGAAAUUGACGCGCAUUGGUCUUGCGUAUGAUCUUGCACAUAGCAAAGGUAGAGUUGUGGAAACUCCGGAAGAGAAGGCUGCCAAGGAAGCGCAUGAAAAACGCGUCAAAGAUAAAGAGCUUCGUGAAAUCAAGGAUAGGAUCAUUGCUCGUCGCAAGGAUGACCAUUAUCUCAAGCUAAAACAGCAUAUGAGGAGUCAGAAGCAGGAAAAGAAACGAAAAGAGAAGCGGAAAGCUCAAGAAGCAGAAAGGCGGUCCAUGAAUGGGAAUAGAAAAGACGAAAUGGAGCACAAAAACAACUCUCGCGAGCACAUCGACAAGUCGGACGAGAAUCAUGAACCACCAUCUUCGCUUAAUGGAGCAGGAUCAUCAAAGGCAAGACGGAGAGUUACAAUGCCAAGUCCACCUGAAGAUGCAACUGAUCAGUCAGGCUCACUACCGGAACACGUCUUGCAAAAACCGUCGCAAGUUUCUCCAUACUACGAAUCUGAGAGCGAUGACGGUGUAGAGAGCCUGUCUUCGUUAUCUGAUCUUUCUGAUCGCGAGCUGGACUUGCAGGCUCAAAAUUUUGGCGGUCAGCUGAACAGACGCCCCGCUACACUAUCGCCACCGAAGUUUGAAGAUGAGCUUGAUGAGUUUGAGAAGGAUCCAUGGAAUGCGGUUGUCGUGGUUGGACUACGGGUCUACCACAAAGCUGAUGAAGAAGACAAGAACAAGGAGAUCAUCAAACUCAAGGUGGUUCGCCCAAGCCCGUACACUGAUUCCGACGACGAAAGCACAGCGGCGGAAGAAGCCAAGAAAGAGGAACAAGACUCGAAGAGCAAGGGCUUGGAUGUUGACGACAGUGCCAAGGAUGCGACGCUGGAAGGUGGGCUGAAAGACAGGAAGAUAAGUAUUGUUGGCAAUGGCGAGACGUAG